GAGGAGCAGCAGCAGUCAGCCGAGGCAAAGGCAUCCGCCUCUCUGAUCUAGGAAGGAAAGCAGGUUCCUUUCUGUGCCCGUGUGCCAUGGAGGCCCUGCUGGCAGGCCUGGCGGUGCUUGGGGGGCUCUAUGCCCUUCUCUACCACAACUUCCUCCAAGGGACCAAGUGCAGGAACGAGAGCAGCCUCCGGGGGAAGACUGUCCUCCUCACCGGAGGAAAUACUGGGAUCGGGAAGGCCACCGCGCUGGAUCUGGCCCGCAGAGGAGCCCGAGUCGUUCUGGCUUGCCGCAGCCGAGAGCGAGGAGAAGCUGCUGUCUAUGACAUCCGAAGGGAAAGCGGGAACAACGAGGUUGUCUUCAUGAGCCUAGACUUGGCCAGCCUGAGUUCGGUUCGCGCUUUUGCCAACGCUUUCUUGAGAUCGGAGCCUCGCCUCGACAUCCUCAUCAACAACGCAGGUGUCGGCUGUGACGGGAAAAGCGAGGACGGUUUUAACGUCACGUUCCAAGUCAACCACUUGGCUCCCUUUCUUCUCACACACCUCCUCUUGGAUCGGCUGAAGCGAUGCGCACCCAGCCGCGUGGUGGUGGUUGCUUCCAACGCACAUCGCUCGGGGAAGAUUGACUUCCAAAAUAUCCACAAGCCCAUGGAGGGAUACUUGCCAGCAUUCCAGUCCUACUGCGACAGCAAACUGGCCAACAUCUUGUAUGUCCGAGAGCUGGCCAACAGACUGGAAGGGACCGACGUCAGCUGUUAUGCGCUUCAUCCAGGGGUUGUUAACACGGAGCUCUUCCGCCACUCUCCUGCCUGGCUGAAGCCCCUCUUCCUCCCCAUCUCCUGGCUCUUCUUCCGAGACCCUACAGACGGUGCCCAGACCUCCAUCUUCUGCGCCACCGAGGAAGGCAUUGAGAAGUUCAGUGGUCGCUAUUUUGCGGACUGCCGGCCGCGGGAGCCCAAGAAACAUGCGCGGGAUGAUGCAGCGGCCAAGAAGCUGUGGGAAUUCAGCGAGAGGCUAUUGGGACUCGCUCCUUAGGCUCUUCCAUGUCUGGAUGGGGACAAAUAUAUCUGAAUUAGUUAAUGGGUUUGCCUGGGACCAGAAUUAAUCUUUGUUUCGUUACAAGGAAAUUGAGGUUUAGCUUGAACACUGGCAUCAAACCACAUGCUGCUAAGGAAUAAAAUGCAAGAUACCAAGACUUGGCAGCGUUUGAGAGAUGUUUCACCAAACCUAUGAUCCAUGUGGAGAUUAGAGGGAUUUCCACUGGAUGUGUAAUAUCUGUUAUAGGAUAUUUUCUUAAAAAUGGGGUUUUUUGGAGGUAAUCGCCUCUAUAUUUGCUCCUGUUAUCUGCUACAAGGCCAAAGUUUAUUGUGAAAUGUAAAAAAAGUAGAACAUCAAUUUGUAAUAAAACAUACACAGUUCUUGGUUGA